CGCCAGUGGAAACGUCCUGCCUCGCGCCCUCCUUAGUACCAUCAUGACCACCGAACUCUGGUUGACCUACGUGCAGACCUCGCGCGGGGACAAGCCGUGCACGGCGCAGCUCAUCGACCUCAACGCGAAGGCGCGCAAGAUGUGCGACCUCGAGGACCUGCUCGAGCACGUCUACGACGCCGGCUUCCUCGACCCCAAGUAUCGGCCCGUAAGCUGGUGGGAGCGCUUUGACGGAUCCAAGCUGAAGGGCAGCGCGACGCUGGAGGAGGUCGUCCACGAGGGCGUCGGUGUUUGCGAGACCACCGCUCUGCGACUCGUCAUCGCGGACGCGCCCCCGGCAGUCUGGCUCUCCUAUGUCUACCUUCACCACGGCCCGGGCCACCGCCACGCGACGCAGCGCAUCAAGCUGCACGAGCCGACGUGCGCGGGCAAGCUCGUCUUAAUCGCGCACCUCACGAACCACGUCUUCGCCAAGGGUUACCUGCCUUGCCAUCUCCGGUCCAAGGUGUACUGGAAGGGACCCUGCGGCCGUCCGAUCCACGAGCACGAGCGCAUCGAGGACGUCCUCGUCAAGGGCGAGGGGUGUAAGGAGGAGAGCGCGCUCCAGCUCAUCGUCGACUUUUGAUGGGCCUCCUUGCCCUUUGGAUGAGCGUGGUCAAGAUUGGGACUGGAAUUCCGCGGCAUUGAUAACUACGGCCUUCUCGGUCUUUCUCGCAUUCCCUUGCUUCCUAGUUCAAUUACUGUACCCUCGUCAUUAAUAGCUACCUAAUAA